ACAGUGAGUUCAGCUCGGACAUGUUUCGCUUUUAAGGCAAACUAGCUUCACCUCAGAACUUGUUGACAGUCUUUAGGCGUUUACAAGCACUUCUGGCUAUAGUUACAAUCAGUUCGCUCUCGUCUUUUGGACUUAUGUGUCCAAAACGUAACGCGUAAACGUUUAGCUUCGCGGACACUUAAAGUCAGUGGAUUUAAUUUUAAAUUAUUUAGUAGUUUACGGUGAUACUUCAGUAUCACCACUAACCUCUGUGGUCAGCCAUGUACAGCAUGCUGGAACACGACAUGAAGUCCGCCGUGCCACAGACUCACCAGAGCGCGCAGGGAAUGACCCAGUUGAACGGUGGAGUGACUCACGGAAUCGCCAAACCGGUUGUCAACAACCAACAACAACAGGGUAGCGAUCCUAUGGACAAAGUUAAGAGGCCCAUGAACGCGUUUAUGGUCUGGUCUCGGGGUCAGAGGCGCAAAAUGGCACAGGAGAACCCCAAAAUGCACAACUCUGAGAUCAGCAAGCGCCUGGGCGCCGAGUGGAAGCUGCUGACGGACGCGGAGAAACGGCCGUUUAUUGACGAGGCCAAGCGGCUUCGCGCGCUGCACAUGAAGGAAUACCCAGAUUAUAAAUACAAACCCCGUCGUAAGACGAAACCCGUGCUGAAGAAGGACAACCCGGCUGCUAAGUAUCCCCUAUCAGCCGGCAACUUACUGGCGGCAGCCGCGGCUCAGGGAUCAGGGGGAAGCCCGCGGAUGGACAGCUACGGCUGGGGUCACACAGGUGGCUACACUGGCAUGCAGGCGGAUGCUCUGGGUUACAGUCAGCAGCUGCACCGCUAUGAUCUGUCCGCCCUCCAGUAUCCAUCCGCCAUGGCCACCGCACAGACUUACAUGAAUGGUGCCAACUCCUACAACCCCAUGUCCUACAGCAGCACUCCACAGCAGCCCAGCCCGGUCAUGUCCAUGGUGAAACCAGACCAGGUGUCUCAUUCUCCCACCGGAGCACACAGCCACCAGCGGGGUCCUUUACAAGGAGACCUGAGGGACAUGAUUAGCAUGUAUAUCCCUGGUGGAGACACCACAGACAGUGGAGCACAGAGAGGCUAUUCCAACAUCCAACAGCAUUACCUCACCGGUACAGCACCUCUCACUCACAUCUGAUCAGGAAACUGUCAUUACCUUCCUGUUUCAGGUCUGGAGGGCCAUCGAUGUCGGUUGU